AUGACACUAGACGAUUCCUCAUGGCCAUCCACGAAGCUUUUAUUCUCGGCGAUGGUCAUAUCACUUGGUGGAUCAGGCAAUUACUGCUUUCAAAUGAUUUUAACCAAUCCGGCUCAACAGGCUUUCCUCAAUUUUGUCAAUGGCUCGUACUAUCAGAAAAAUGAACGUUAUUUAGAGUUAACUGAAUUGGAGACAAUGUGGUCACCAAUCGUUUCAAUUCUUUAUUGGGGAACGAUUCUCGGAUCAUUACUUAUUGAGAAAUCAAUCUCGAAAUUCGGUCGUAAACACGCGUUAACAAUGGCGAAUUGUGGGCAAGCUUUCGGCAUUGCUCUUGGCAUAAUGGCUUACUUUUUAAAUGAUUUUAUUCUCUAUGCGAUUUCCCGAUUUUUUCUGGGAAUCUUUCAAGCGAUCUCUUUAGGAGUCGGACCGAUGUAUAUUUUGGAGUGUAGCCCGGCAAAAUGUCGUGGAGUCAUCUCGACGUCAACCGCUUUAGCCGGGCAACUCGGCAUCAUCGUUUCGGCUAUUCUAGCGAUGCCUGUGAUUUGGGGAAACGUAAACGAUUGGUGGAAAUUGUAUGUGGCCGAGUUGAUCUUCACCAUCGCUCUCAUCUUCGUUUCACUGUUUUUCCCGGAGAGUCCAGUAGUCCUUCAAAACGAGGAGAAGAUUCUGGCGGCCGAGCGAAGCAUCAAGUUUUAUCAUGGAGUGACAAGAGAUGAGGCAAAGCAUUUACUGAACACCGAUAAGGGACAUCCGCAAGAUGGCCAGCAGAGAGCUAUCGGGCUUUUCGAGAUCUUUGCCAAUCCGAUUUCCCGUUGGGGAACACUUGUCGGUGGAUGUGUCAUGUUCGCGCAUGUUUUCAGUGGAAUUACAGUUGUCCAAUCGUUCGCCGUUGACAUUUUGAUGAACACCGGUCUGUCGAUGUUCGCUGCCACAAGUGCAAACGUUUUUAUCAACACCAUGCCACUGUUUGGAAUCUUCCUCUCAUCAUACAUGGUGGAAAAACUCGGUCGCCGACCAUUGGAACUCUUCGGAAUUUUGGCACUAAUCCUUGUGAAUACAGCUGUUGUCGCACUGUUGUAUGGAUAUGAUACAACAAAGAACAUGAUUCUCGGUUGGAGUCUCGUUGUUGUCGUGGCCAUUUUCGCGGUCACAGCUUGCACCACCGUUGUUCCGCUAUCGUUCUUUUUACCCGCCGAAUUGGUAGCUCCAAAUGUGCGGCCACAGGCAAUGACGUGGUUCAAUUUGAUGAUGGCUACUGGACGAUCUCUUUUGUUGGCGAUUUUCCUCCCGAUGAAAUUGUUUUUUGGUGCCGCGAUUACCUAUGGGAUUUUGUUCAUCCCAACGAUGAUUCUCGCAUUUUUCAUUCUCUACUCUCAGCUACCCGAAACGAAAGGACGCACUUUUGAAGAAACAAUCUCAAAUAGAAAAACUCGAGCCAACUACACCACCAGGGCAUCAACCUACCAUAAAUACUGUAAUAGUACCCCACUCCCUCGUACAGUCGCG